AUGCAUCGGCCAUCCGAUUACCCAUCCACCCUUCUCUGGCUUCUGGACGAGACACAUGUAACCGUGACUGCAGCAACAGCCCUCGCGAUCCUGUGGACGCAAAGCGCGCAUUGCGCUUACUUUGCAGCUGGUGCCCUCGGGAGUACCGUCGUUACACGCAUAAUCAAGCGGGCGAUCCAACAACCGCGGCCUCCUCCGCCCCCGCCUAGCACUAAGCCUGCGCCAGUGCGUCCAAAGCGGACCUAUGGCAUGCCCUCAACCCACUCUACUGCCCUCGGCUUCUACUUUGCGUACAUGUGGCCUCUACUGCCCUUGAUCAGUAGCACCAUGUGGGGAGAGCGCGCAGCUGUGACGACUAUCACGGUGCUCACGCUCUGGAGCCGAGUCGAGCUGGGAUACCACACCGUGCCGCAGGUCGUGGUUGGCACGACGGUUGGCGUGAUCUGCGCUGCGGCGUGGAAGGUGUUGUGGGAGUCCAACCCCGCGAUCGAGAUGCAGCUGCAGUCAUUGAUGGACACUGUGCGCGACAGGGCCCUCUCGCUCUUCUUCUGA